CCCUCCACUGCGAUCCACAGCAUCCAGAGAAACUGAGAAAGAGCACCGUUUCAAGCCGACCUUACCACGGUCAUCAUCAUACUUCUUACCGUUUUAAUCAAAACAUACAUAGGCAAAGCUGUUCACGUGGGUGUGCGCGUUUUCCUUUUCCUGCACUGGCGGCUCGUUUCGACGAUGGCCGAGAGCGAGGCAGAUACGCCGAGCACGCCGAUUGAGUUUGAGAGCAAAUACUUCGAGUUUGAUGGAGUGCGGCUGCCACCCUUCUGCAGAGGGAAGAUGGAGGAGAUCGCUAAUUUCUCCCUCAGAAGUAGCGACAUAUGGAUUGUCACCUACCCAAAGUCAGGCACCAGUCUACUUCAGGAAGUUGUAUAUUUAGUGAGUCAGGGAGCAGACCCUGAUGAGAUCGGCCUUAUGAACAUUGAUGAACAGCUGCCUGUCUUAGAAUACCCACAACCUGGGCUGGAUAUCAUACAGGAGCUGACAUCGCCUCGUCUGAUCAAAAGCCAUCUUCCCUACCGAUUCCUCCCUACAGCCAUGCACAAUGGAGAGGCUAAGGUGAUCUACAUGGCUCGGAACCCUAAAGACUUGGUAGUGUCCUACUACCAGUUUCACCGCUCUCUCAGGACCAUGAGCUACCGGGGAACCUUCCAGGAGUUCUGCCGGCGCUUCAUGAAUGACAAGCUGGGAUAUGGCUCCUGGUUUGAACAUGUUCAGGAAUUUUGGGAACACCGUAUGGAUUCCAAUGUCCUCUUUUUGAAAUACGAAGACAUGUACAAGGAUCUGGGGACAUUGGUGGAGCAAUUGGCUCGGUUCCUGGGUGUUUCCUGUGACAAGGCUCAGCUGGAGGGCAUGGUGGAGAGCUGCAACCAGCUCAUUGAGCAGUGCUGCAACUCAGAGGCGCUGUCCAUGUGCAGGGGACGUGUUGGUCUGUGGAAAGACAUCUUCACAGUGUCUAUGAAUGAAAAGUUUGACGCAGUGUACCGGCAGAAGAUGGGGAAAUCCGACCUGACCUUUGAUUUCUGCCUGUGAGGGGCACCUGUCUUCAGCCCAUCCCGUCGUACCGCCUCCCCACCACCCACUUAUCUACGCUAGUACAGACUACAAGUGCUCAUUUCCUGUCAAAGCUCAAGCUCCUACAUCUCCAGUCACUCUGAAGUUUAAUGGUUCUGCCAAACAAUGAGAUCACACUAAAAGACUUUUCCCAUAUCAUAAUCCAAAGUCAACAGUGAUCAAAAAUCACACUGUUGUGGAGAUUACAGAAUUUUCUUAAUCAAGAGUUAAACCAAAUCUCCCCCUAUCUCCACAGCAUGCUGCAACUGGUUAGGUUUAGUUUAGGUUUUUUGGAGGUCAGCCACUGAAGAAAGCCUUGGUGAAUGAAUUCAUAACAGAAAUUCAGCAUAUACAGUUAUUUGUGAUGAAAAUACACUGGGAAUCAAAGAGUGUUUCUGAACAAGGAAAAGCAAUCAGCUCAGCCAUUUAAUGGGGUCAUGUUAUGGUGGUCUUUAACCAGAUCUAAGGACAGCAGUACCCAUGUUAAGACAAGGAAAAGAACCAGUACUUAGACCACCCUGGAGGCCGCAUAGUGGACACAACCUUGACAUGUUGUCACAUCAUGAGUUAAUAUGGUGAGCAACUGCAAAAAGUUGCAUGUUUACUAUAUGUCCAAUAGAUUCAGGCACAAUAUUCAUCUCUCUUUGUGGCCCUUUGACAAAUAUAAACGUUCCUUAAAGCUCUGUUUUGGUCUCCACUAUAAUUGUUGUGAGAAAUAUCAGCGUAUUCUAGCAGACAGAUGACGAGUGCUAACCACCAGUCUGUGGGUAACUUUAUCUACCUGGAGCUGGGCAGACUGUGUGAAGACAGCUGACUGGAGCUUCAUAAGCAGAUUUAUGGACAUAGGUUAUUAAAAAUCAAAACAAUGAGAUAAAAUGCUGAAAGAUUCUAGAGAUGCAUAAUAAUUCUCUGUGGGUUUGCUGCUAUGAGGAACGAUUUCCAGAUUACACAAAUUGUUUUGACCGACUUUUACUGUAAACACAUUUGUCAUGUUGUUUGCCAGAACUCCGACUUGUAGUUUGUAUAAACUACCUUUAUUUAAACAGGGAAAGCUACUGAGAGCAGGCUCUCUUUUACAAGGACCCCUGAAUAUAAUACACAUUUAUGUUGACUCAUAAUAUGAAAAUAAUAUUAAAAACUCAUAUGUAUAAAAUGAUAAAACCAAAUAUAAACAGAAUAACAUGAACAUAAUAAUGCAUCAAAAAAGAGCAGGUAUGAUUGAAAUGGAAGAUUUAUCACAUGAUCCUAUGUCAGUAUUAUUGUGAUGAUUUUAAAGGACUAAAUAGUUUUGGCACCUGGAACAGUGUGAAGAUGAAUAUGGGCAAAAAGACUCUUAUUUAAUAUCUAAUAUAGGUCUAAUAUACCCAGGAAGUUUGCCUGUAAAUACAUAAAGUACAAUGUUGUUCUCUUCUCACUGCCAGCAGCUUUCUCAUAUCUGCUCCCAUUUAUGAACCUGAGGGUGGAAGGACAAACUGCUUUGAGAACAGAGGGAGGAGAAUGCAUACAAGUCAUUCUAACAUGAUCCAAAAUAUAUGAAAAUGUUGAUUGAACAUUUGGUUUGGUGCAUAAAACAAUGACAACUUUUCCUUUGAAAGUCAUUAUUCCAUUAAUGGUUUUAAAGCAGAGCUUCUCAUUAAGGAAGAAAUCUGGCUAUUUAUAACAGGUGUCCCAGUAAAUGUAGUAAAAUUCACUGCAAUGUAACUAUUAACCAUUGUAGAAGUCAGCAUAUAUUUGGUCUGAGUUUAACAAUAAUUUAAGAUAAAUUAAAGUUUGGUCAGUGGAGGGCUCUGCUGUAUAUCAGCCACAAAUAUGUGGACACGUCUGAUUGUUCUUCAGACAAACAAUUACACUCUAUGUGUGUGAGUGUGUGUGAGAUGCGAAGAGGACGACUGUCUUGUUAAUGCCCAAACAUAUCACCUGAGUACAUCAGGGCCCCAUUAAAUUAAUUAACUUGCCACUGACGUAAUCCAACCAGCAGUGGAUGGAUCAGCUCUGGAAACACUGACAGGAAUUGAUUGAAAGUAUCAGACAGACCAUAUUUAUGCUAUCUAAUUAAUCUAAAAUAGCUAUUAACAUUUAGAAAUUCUGCAAUUCUAGAUUUAAAGAAUAUUAUAUUAUCAGCAGUUUACAAAGACUCUGCUGGAGCAUUUUGUAAUAAAAUGUGGCCCUCUGGUGGUCAAAAUGAGCAGCUGGUGCUCGGUUGCAGAUGUAAUUGCAGAUUUUUGAGCCCCGUAAGUGAUAUUAUAUCCACUGGGGCUAAAACUUGAAAAGCUUGUUGUGAAUUUAACACAGAAUAGAACCAGAGCUAAGGUAUGAGAUCAUUUAGAGUGCACUGGUUCUUUUUGAAUUACUUUCAAGACUCCCCCCAAAAUAGACUUUUGAUAAUCUCCCACUGGUCCCUGCUGACCCUAUCUAUACAUUUCAACCCCAUCUCAUGGCAAGCUGUAAAAUACUCACAAAAUAUUUUUUCUCUACAAACACACAAAGGGAACAGAAAGCUCUACCACCACAGUGAACAGAACAUCUUUUGUUUUUCUCAGAAAUGUCAGGUUUUGAGUUGGGUGAGCAGAAUAUUAAUCCAUAACCAGCAUUAACUGAGUUCUGCUACUCACUGUAGACCCACAACAGCACCACUAUCUAACUGCAAUCAGACUUACUAACCUGAGACAUCACUUACAAACAGUACAACACCUUCUACUCCUACCUGUCCUCUGUUGCUGCAGUAGUUCAAGCAGACAAGUCCCUGCGCUCUACCUGACACAUGUGAAUGUCUUUAUUGUGUGGAUGUAAACAACAACCUCAGCACAACUCUGCACAUUCUUUCUUUUCCGUGUUCUCAUUUCUUACAGUAAUGCUGUUUACAAACAUUGGCAAGGCUUUUGCCAGCCCAGCUCCACUUUUCCUUUUCCUUUGGGUUUUGAUACAUGCCUGUAUCUGUUUCUGGACAUCCUUUAUUGUAUCUGACAUGCUUUGCUUGCUGGUUUAUUAAUAAAGUCAUGUCUUCAGUUGA